AUGCACUCGAGGCUAGACCGCUCGGUCAUCGCGGAGCCCUACCACUAUCCCCACGAUGCUUCUUUCGGUCCUGCCACAUCGGCGAUAGUCGUCAUUGAUAUGCAACGAGACUUCUGCGAAGUCGGUGGGUAUUUCGACUGUCAAGGCUAUGAUGUGGAGGAUGCUCGAAGCCUGAUCCCAACCAUCCAGGCACUACUCUCCGCUGCUCGCCGAGCCGGGUUUCCGGUCUUCUUCACGCGAGAAGGUAUGGAGCAGCACACCAAGCACCAGUCACUUGCCAGGAAAUAA